AUGAGUUUAGUUUCUGAAAUCAGUCACAAACUAAACUUAUCAAAUAAAACCUCUGAAGCAGAAGAUCUGUCCAGUAAAUCGUUCUUCUCAUUCUUUGUCCUCAGAAGAUGUUCGGCGUUGAAGCAAGAAACAUUGUGGAGGCUCUGGGUGCCAAGAAAACUCUGAUUCCCAAUAAGGACCUACUGCUGAACGUGGAGCUAAUGACUCUGGUCAAAGUCAGAAAGAAGGGAUUCUUUGAAGUUCCAGAGUAUGAACCUCUGAACAUCAAACUACCACAACUGUUGAUGGAAGAACCGGACCUAGAUUGUGGUGAGAAUGUGCUGGUGAAGGACUUCAGGUCUGUGUCAAAGGUUAGUGGGACGGCCAGUGUUGGUGGAGGAUACGGGGAUGUUGGAGCAGAAAUCUCUGGUGGUGGAGACACACUGGACGGACUGACUAAACCUGUCGACUUGAUGAAGAAGAACGUUAAUGUUUUUGGGAGUUUCAGUAAAUUAAACAAGAACAAAGUGAAAGAGCUGAAACCGAAGAAGACAGAAAAACUUGCUCUCGUCAACCAGAUUGUCUACAACACCGGUGACGUCCAGAUCAUCAGGGCGUCCAAGAAAGGAGGAUCUGUGUCGGCAUUCUUUGAGAAACUGUUCAGUCUGUCGGUGAAGGGCAGCAAGGAGAAGGUGACGUCCUUCACUGUUCCAGAAAAAUCCACCUUCGCCUACGGCCUCGCAGAGAUCAUGAUAGAGGAAGAUAAACUGGAGAUACCAAACGUUGUUUAUAAGAUCAGAGAAACGUCAAGAUCUCUGGUAAUAUCCGACGGAACUCCCCCCCCUCAGUCUGAUCCUGAAGUCUUGGCAAUGAAAAAGUUGGAGAUGAAUCUAUCUAAAAUGGAGCCGCUGGAAGAUCUUCCUGAGUCGACCCGUCGUGAGCUGCUGAAGAAACUCUGUGACGUCCUGAAGAACCAGGACGACCUCUCUGAGCUGGAGGAGACGCUGGAUCAGUCCAUUAAAGGGACGUAUGAACGUCCUCAGAGUCAGACCAUCUCCUCCUUCCUGGACUUCCUGGACGUCUCUAACGUCUCCUCAGAUGUGAAGACGAUUGUUUACAUGCUGGUCAGCGCCUUGAACGCUCUUCCUGAUGAAGUUCCAACUCUUCUGGUCACCUGUGAUGUAGAAGUUCUGGAUUUCUUCAUCUAUAAAGCCACCAACUGGAGGAACAUUCACCGAGAGGCUCCGGCCGUUGUGAAGAACAGGUUCUCCUGGAUGCUGGACUUCAUGGAGACGACCAAGAAGACAGAAGACGACGAGGACGAGGAGGACUACGAUGGGCCUGUGAUUUUUAGGUUUCCUCUGGAGAAGCUGAGGGAGAUGGUGUGUGUCGCCAUGAAGGGAAUCAAGAUCCUGAGGUCCUGAACUCAGCACGUCUGAGACGUAUGAAAAGAUGAACAGCUCAGAUAAGAAGCUGUUAACGGGUUCAUUUUAAAGACGUGUUAACAUCAUCUCACAAACACGUCAACAACAUGAUUUUAAAAAGCUAAAGAUCUUUUUAUUUCACUCUUUCUUUACAAUCUGCAGUUAUGACUUAAAGGAAUCAAAACCAUCGUUAUUAAUAUUAAAUUGUCUGUUUUUGCUCCUUUCACAUUAUAAACACUGAGUUCAUCCAUGAAGCUUCAUGAUUCUACUUUUAUAUUAUUAACCAGGGGCGGUGGAGUUUUUAUUUCUGGUUUUAUUUUGUAAUUCUUUAUAUUUCAUAUCUAUAGUGCAUUAGAUCAGCUGAUGAAUGAACAGCCUGUUUCAGAUAAAGUGUUUUCAAAAAAAUUCAAUAAAAGGUUUUUCUCGUC